UAUUGUAGUCAAAGCACCCACUGCGCGCACGUUGAUUGCAAUCUGGCACUACAUUUCCCAAAGAUCAUCCGCCCAGCAUAUCUGGCUGCCAGUCACAGUCCAUGACUAGAGAGUUUCUAAACACCAGGCUGUUCUUUCUGCGUGAACUGAACUGUCACUUCCAAAAGCAUGAACGAAAGCCCAGAAGCUGAGACGUUUCCUGUGGAAAUGGAAUCAUCAACAACAGCCUUCUCUCAGGUUGUCUUUGUCGAUGUUCCGCGUUCUUAUCUACCCAACACCACUGUCACCUGUUGUUACACUUUGACGGCCGGACUGCAACCAAAUCCCAGGGACUGGAUUGGGGUCUUCAAAGUGGGUUGGAACACCACUCAGAACUAUCACACCUUUUUGUGGGUGGAACCAUGCUUGGAUCGAUUAGGACCAGACGCUGUGAAACAACAAGUAGUGUUUAAUGAAUACUACCUCCCUAAGGAUGAUGGGGAUUACCAGUUCUGCUAUGUGGACAGCAACGGUCAAGUGAGAGGAGCCAGCACUCCCUUCUGCUUUGAGAACCCCCAGGAUCAUGUCCUGUAUACCAGCCUGGAUAAUGACAUUUUGGUCAUCACAACACAGGAGCAAACAGAGCAGAUGGAGAAGGAGAGGGAAGAACUCCGGCGAGAGAUGGAGCAGAUCAAGGAGGAGAAACAGACCCUGAGGAACGAGCUUGAUGAAAAACUGAAGGAGAUCCACAGCCUCAAGCUCACCAUUGAAGAGAUGAAAAACUCCAAGAGCGCAGAUACUAAGCUGCAAGGUGAUGAAAGCACAAAUGUGCCAAUGGAACAGUCGUGCCAUGAAUUAGAUGCUGUGUCUGACUUAAAGCAGUCACAAGAGAGCCUUGAACAAUCCUCUGUUGAUGGCAAAUAUGGAAAAGCCUUGCAGAAGAUAGAUCGGCUGAAGCAGGAACGAAAGGAGCUUAGGGCAACUGCAGAAAAACAACAAACACAGAUCACACAGUUAAACUCAAAAGUGAAAGAGAUGGAGCAGGACCAGAGCAGACUACAGGAUAAUGUUCAACUCCUUCAGGUGGACCUCAAGAGCAGUCAGAAGGAGAUUGAGAAGUCGGUUGCUGAGACACAGCAGGUGGAAGCGCUGAAGAGAGACUUGGAAGGCCUGAGGAGAGAGAACGAGAGUCUGAACACCAGUCUGUCCACCCUAACACCCCAGAGAGAGGAUGGAAGCGAUACAAAGGCCCAAAUGGAGACUUUGCUCAACCAGCUCAAAGAGACCAGGGUCCAGCUGCGGCAGGAGAUUCAGAAUUGCAAAGACGCCCGCAGACGGGCCGAGGUGGCCGAGCAGGCGCUGAGCGAGCUCAGGGGUCAGCUGGAGCAACAGGCCGAAUCUGCGAAUGGAUCCCAAAGCAAGGAGAACAUUCUGGAGAUGAAACUCAAGGAGGCACUGAAGAAUGUUGAUGACCAGGCAGUCAUCUUGGACCUGGCAAAGGAGGAGCAGGAAGAAUUUCUUAAGAAAAUUCAGGAACUCGAGACUGAAGUGGAUCUGUUGAAAGGGGAGCUGGCCCGCGUGAAGCCAGGCACUCCGGCUGCCCCAGACUCCACAGAGCAUUCCUACGGUAGCUUCCCCUCUUUCACUGAUCCCGGCGCUGAAGCGCAACAGGACUCACUCCUCUAUGGGAAUCCUUAUGCCUCUACAGAAAAAACAGACGGUGCCAGUGAGGACACGGUGCUCAAGUGCCAGCACUGCCUGAUAGCCUUCCCUGGCAUCAGCAGGGAGGAGCUGAUGGCGCACGAGGAGAGCCACAAAGUGUGUCCCAUCUGCACACUCAUCUGUGACGAGAUGGAGCAGCCAGAGUUUGAGGAUCACGUCUACGGUCACGACUUGUAGAGUGCUGCAGUGUGUACUGAAGAUCACGUCUACCCUCACGACUUGUAGAGUGCUGCAGUGUGUACUGAAGAUCACGUCUACCCUCACGACUUGUAGAGUGCUGCAGUGUGUACCUUUGUUUCUGACAUUAGAUGGUGAUCUCUUGAUAAGUUUAUUCAUUUAUCAGCAAGAAAAUAAUUUAGCACAAAUUCCAUUGUCGUCGUUUUGAAGUUAUUAGUUACAAGUAAAUUGGUGAUUUGAUUUUAUGGCAUGUGGUACAUAUACUGUAACUGUAUAAUGCUGUUAAAAUAACUGUAAUUACCUUUGAAAGCACUUUAACUGCACAACACAAAGACAUUUAAGCGUCUUUGUCAUAACAUGCUACUACAUUAUGUUUAUAAGGAAAUUUGGUUGUCUGACUAUAUCUGGGAAAAGGUUAAGAACACAUUUAUGACCCUGUUGCAAAGAUUAUACUGACGAUUAAAACAAAAAAUAAAGCUUAAGUUCAUUUAUUUA